AUGAAACAGUAUGGCAGAGAGUCACUGGUGUUGCCAUAUUGCACUACUCCAAUUCUAACGGACCAGCUGCCAGUCCUCUGCCUGAAGCACCAAGCGAUAUCUACAUUCUACAACCAGUGGUCUGCCAUGAACCAGACAAAGACCAUCAGGCAAAAUACAUCUGCAAGUGGGGCUAGGGCGCUAGGCCAUGUCCACAGCGCUUGUUUCACUAUGGGCAGAUCAACAUUGCUGACACACAUUAUAAGGAGCUUUCCACCAGUUUCAAUCAAGGGAAAAAGCGUGCAACUCUAA